AGUCCUUUGGCAACUACCACACAGACUACACAACAGCAAAUUGAAAAUCUGAGAGAAGUAAGAGAGAAAGAAAAAAAUGGGGGAGAAGGUGAUUCUGCUGGAUCAGUUUGUUAGCAUGUUCGGAAUGAGGGCGAGAGUAGCGCUGGCAGCAAAAGGCGUGGUCUACGAGUACAGAGAGCAAGACCUCCGCAACAAAAGCCAGCUUCUUCUCCAAUCCAAUCCCAUUUACAAGCAAAUCCCCGUCUUGAUUCACAACGAUAAGCCCGUCUGCGAGUCUCUCACCAUUCUUGAGUACAUCGACGAGGUUUGGAACCAAGAAUACCCUCUUCUGCCUCCAAAUCCCUACCACAGAGCUCAAGCUAGGUUCUGGGCUGAUUACAUUGACAAAAAGUUGUAUGGUGCUGGAAGGAAGAUCUGGAGUGCGAGCGGGGAAGAGCUGGAAGCGGGGAAGAAGGAGUUGGUUGAGAUUCUGAUGCAGUUGGAAUCGCAGCUGGGCGAGGAGGCCUUCUUCGGGGGCGAAAGGCUGGGGUUUUUGGACGUGGCGUUGGUCACGUAUUCGACGUGGUUCCACACCUACGAAAUGUGCGCUGGUUUCAGCAUUCAAGAGCAUUGCCCCAAACUCAUUCAAUGGGUGAAGAGGUGUUUGGAGAUAGACUUUGUGUCGGAAUCCUUGGCCGAUCCGGCUAAGAUUUAUGACUUCGUUUUAGUGAUAAGGAAGGUGCUCGUCCUCCACACCCCCUAAUUACUACUAGUGCUACUUUCUCUUUUGUUUUUUGUGGUUGAGAUAUUUUAAGUUGAUGGUGACGCCGAACCACGUAUAUCCCUAUCUGUUCAAAUUAUGUGUAACGCUCAAUAAUUGAAAUUUGGAAUUUCGAGAUUUUUAAAUUUUUUUACUACA